AUGGCUUAUGACCGUUUUGCUGCAAUCUGCCACCCCCUGUCCUACCCAGUGAUGAUGAACAAAAAAGUUUUUGUGAAAUUAGUGGUGUUCUUAUGGGUCUCAGGCACUAUGAUGACUACUGUGCAGACCACAUGGGUGUUUAGUUUUCCCUACUGUGGUCCCAAUGAAAUCAACCACAUAUCUUGUGAAAGCCCAGCAGUGCUGGAGCUUGCCUGUGCAGACCUUUUCUUCUUUGAAAUCUACGCCUUCGCAGGCACCAUUCUGAUUGUCAUGGUUCCCUUCCUGUUGAUCCUCCUGUCUUACAUUCGCAUCCUCUUUGCCAUCCUGAAGAUGUCACCCACUACCGGGAGACAGAAGUCCUUUUCCACAUGUGCCUCUCACCUCACAUCUGUCACCCUUUUCUGUGGCACAGCCAGUAUGACUUAUUUAUAG